AUGAUAAAACAAAAAACAACACAAAAGAAAGUAAUAACAAAAAAACCAAAACCAGUAAAACUUAAAGAGAAUAAUACAACAAUAUUAGUAAAAAAGAACUGUAAUAACACUUGUUGGUACUGUUAUACUAAAGAACCAGGAGUUUGUAAUUCUAGUUGCACUUGCUGUUUUCAAUCAACAAAUCAAAAUUAUUUUACAGUUGAAUGUGGUAUUAAAACUUACAAAAAAGAACAAACACAAUAUAAUUCAUUUAUUAAUCGCAGAAGAAAUAGAGCAAAUAUAGAUACACCUGCUGUGAUUUCUGAUGGAUAUAAUACUCUUUUAUUCUGGCCACAACAAUAUUAUCUUAGUCAACUAUUAUUUAAAGAUAUACUAUUUAACAAUAAUACCUGCACGAAACAUAUAUUAGAUUUUUAUCAAAUAUUUAAAUUAACAAUUUUUGGUCAUGUUAACGAUAGUAUUCAAUCAUUGACUGUUGAAGAAGGAAAUGUAAAAAAUAAAUACGUUUUCCCUCUAGCAGAAGGACAAGGCGAACAGGACACAAAUGAUGUAUAUAUAAUUAAUCUAAUUAGAAAAUCAUUUAGAGUUAGAUUAUUAAUACUUAAGCAAGAUAAUACUUGUCAAUUAACUCAAGAUGAAGGUAUUGGACAAAAUGCUAGCUUACUAUCAUCAGCAGUAUUUGAAAACUUGAGCAAUCUCAUUGAUAGUUGUUGCAUUGAAAAAAAUUGGUGUAUUACAGCUUUUAAUAAUGAUAAUACAAAUAAUAGACCAACAUUAAUUCAAAUUAAUACUGGAUUGUUGUUAACCGACACAGAUAAACCAACACAACCUACACCUACUCGACCUUUUGAAGAUAGUAAUACACCUACUCCAACUACAACUAUUUUAACACCAACAACAACAAAUUUAUCAACAACUACAACUAUUACUACACCAACACCAACUAUUACUACACUAACACCAACUAUUACUAUACCAACACCAACUAUUACUACACCAACACCUACAAUCUCUUUACCAACAACAACUACAACUAUUACUUUUCCAAAACCAUAUACUAAUAUUGAUAUUACAACAACAAAAACAACAAAAACUACUACUGUUCUACAAACAAUACUAAAACCAGUUUCAAAAACAACUACAACUAUUAAUACAACUACAACAAUUCCUAAACCAGAACAAUUUAAUAAUUUAAUUAGUUGUUCUAUUCGUAAAGAUGAAUUUAAAGAAUCAGAAAUAAAAACUCAUUUAAAAAAUCAUAUUAAAAAUUAUUUACCUAAAGAUACUAUAUGUGAUAAAUUAAACUUAAAGAAACAAUCAACAGUAUAUAAUAAAAUGAGAGAAAUUAUCAAUAAACUUACAGAUAUUCAAGUAAAGGAUUUAGUAGAUAAAAUACAAAAACUCAUUGAACAAUAUGAUUUUCUAAUUUAUCCAUUUUCUUUUAUAAAUUUUAUUUAUAAUUAUUGUAUUUAUUCUCUAUUAAUAAAAAUAAUGUCAUCUUCCACGAUAUCAAAUAAAAUAAAUGAAAUAACUAAUGAAAACAAUGAUCUUAAAAAUGAAAAUAAUAAUCUUAAAAAUGAUAUUGAAGGAUUAAGUGAAGAAAAUAAUAAUUUUAAAAAUAAUAUUGAAGACUUACAAAGAAGAUUAUUAGAAUAUCAAAACUAUAAAAAAAUUCUAGCUCAUUAG